ACCAGUACAGAUCAAUUGCCAAGUAUCUGAAUUUUGAUCACAUGACCAUAGGGACGGUCGUUAAGGGUGAAAAAUGGUCAUGUCACUUUUUUAAAACUUUAAAUCUGGCAUUACUUAAAUUGGAACCCGGAAUUCGUGCAUCGCAGGAUAUGUAUUCGUCUAUUUUCAUAUCUCUAUAACAUCCCGGCGUUUCAGGUCUUAGGGCGACCCCCUUCGGCGAUCUUUCGUCCCGGAAGUGUGGCAGCUCUCGGGGCCGUUCCAGCCACCAACCUCUCUAUCACCGCUCCGCCUCUUCGUCGGCCAUGAAGUCCGUUUUCGUUACCGUCGGCACCACCAGCUUCGACGACCUCAUUGCGGCCGUGACGAGCCCCGAAGCGACCCAGGUUUUACAGGAUCUCGGCUAUUACAAGCUCGUCCUUCAGGUUGGCCGGGGCAAGGAAUGUCCAGAUCCAUUUAGCACAGCCGCACUUACUCUGGAAGUGUUCAGAUUCAAGAGCUCACUUUCUGAAGAUGUGAAAAAAGCAGAUCUGGUCAUAAGCCACGCAGGAGCAGGCAGCUGUUUGGAAGUUUUGGAAGCUGGGAAACCUCUCCUGGUUGUGAUCAAUGACCAACUUAUGGACAACCAUCAGUUGGAACUGGCCAGGCAGCUGCACAAAGAUGGACAUCUCUUUUACUGCACAUGCAAGACCCUUGUGGAGAUGCUCAGAUCAAUGGACUUGUCUACUCUGAAGCCAUUCCUUCCUGGACAGCCAGAAAAAUUUGCUGCUUUCUUAGACAACGUGAUUGGCAAUAAUGCAUUUCAGGUUUAUGCCUGUCAGAUUCAUCACACGGCAGUCAGAAAUGCUUGUGUUUCCUUCAUGAGGAAAAACCAGAUAAAUUUUGAGUCCUAUGUGGAAGGCUCAUUUGAAAAAUACUUGCAACGACUUGGAAAUCCGAAGGAAAGUGCUGGACAACUUGAGAUUAGUGCCUUCUCACUGAUUUAUAACCGAGACUUCAUUCUUUAUCGGCAUCCUGGGAAACCUGCUUCUUACGCCACUGAUAAUGGCUUUGAAGACAAGAUUCUACUGUGCUGUUCCAGUAAUGGUCAUUAUGAUUCUGUGUAUACCAAACAAUUUCAAGCCAGUGCUGCAAUCUGCCAGGCUGUCCUUUACGAAACUCUGUACAAAAAUGUCUUCAAAGUGGAUGAAGAAGAAUUGAAAACCGCCCUUGAGAUGUUUCGAAAUGGGACUAAGAAAAAUAGAAACAGUGCGUCUGUCGGCAGCGAAGAUGCAAAUUUUGAUUGCCUUCCUGACAGGGCAUCCAGAAAUGCUCCAGAAAAGAGGUUGGAAGACUGGGUAAGCUUUGAUUCGGUCCACCCAGCGGAGGAAAAAUGCAAGCAAGUCACUGAAGAAGGAAAGCCUCCUGACAACCAAAGGAUGCCCUUUCCCUACAAAGUAUUGAAGGCCCUGGACCCUGAGAUCUAUCGGAACAUAGAGUUUGAUGUUUGGCUGGAGAGCAGAAAAGAACUUCAAAAAACAGAUUACUUGGUGUUUGCUGGGAGACAGUACUAUUUAGGAGACAAAUGUCAGGUACGGCUAGAAACUGGGGGAAAAUAUUACAAUGCCCAUAUACAGGAUGUGGGACAGGAUAAUUUGGUGACCGUCUUUAUUGAAGAGCUGGCAGAAAAGCACGUUGUUCCGUUGGUAAAUUUGAAGCCUGUGACUCAAGUCAAUCCACUUCCUGCCUGGAAUGUGAUGUCCAAUAGAAAAGGAGGAAGUUAUCAGAAGAUACCAGAUAUGGAUAUAAAAACACGGAAGAAGCUGUUCAAGAAAGUACACGGAAAGGAAGUGUACAUGACGGUGGCUUACAGCAGAGGCCACCCUAUCCUGCCUCCUCGUCUGCAGCACAGCUCGCCUAUGGUCCACUGCUCUCCGAACGGACAUAUAAAUCCAUACGAUCAUUACCAUUUUCAGAGAACUGGCCGGGGAUAUGGAACGUCAAGGGGAUCUGCCCGAUUUAUAAACAGGAACAACAUCACUGGGCCAGAAAUAGCAUUUUAUCCUAGUCCAGGAAAGAGAUGUUAUCAGAGCUAUGAUAACUUCUCAUAUAGAUCACGUUCAUACAGCCGUAGUCGCAGACAGAUGCAGUGUGUUAAUAAGGAAUGCCAGUAUGGAUUUUCACCUGAGAAUGGAGAAGAGCCUCGAGGUGUGGAAGAAACCAUCACUUUUUAUGAGAUUGAAGAAGGGGAUGAUGCAAAUUUUCCUGCUUUGCCUAAGCGGGGCAACCCAGCUCCAAUAGUUCCAGCUCCUGCAGGAUUCUGGGUAACAAGAAGGACUUCAAAUUCUGUCCCACCAAAUAAACCAGGGCUGAAUAAUUCAGAAGAAGAAGUAGAAGAACCAACUGAUACUGGAGAAUACCAAGAAGAUUAUUUAUAUACUCCUCCAGACCCAGAGUGUGAAGCAACUACAGUAUUUAAUGCAACUGAAUCUACUGCAAAUUUGGUCAUGGUAAAUUCUGCCAUUAUAUCCAGUGCUUCCUGUGUGAAUUCGGCUCCGACUACCAUUUUCUCCUCCACCUGUAGUGCUUCAACUCAAGUCACUAUCACUGCGUCUACCCCCCAGAAUGCUGUGCCACCAAUCUUAGUAACCCCUUCUGUGGGAAGACCAGUUGUAUCAGUGUAUCAGUCACCUCCCCUUCCUCCAGUGAGUGACGUGGGGGAAAAUGGCAAUAUUACACCCCCUUAUUCUUGUGAUCCAAGUGGAAAUGACCUGCCUAGAGAUCCAAAGGUUUUACAGUAUUAUUUUAAUUUGGGCUUGCAGUAUUACCACCAGACCUGCUGGAACCCUGUGAUGUAUGUACAGCAACCGUCGUCCCCACCACCUCAAAUGGAAACCUACCAGACCUAUUCAGAGCAAGUCUCUGUGGUUGAUUCAUCAGCGCCUUUGCCUUACAACGACGUCGGGAGGAAUGAUCUGCGCCAGAUGCCCGCAGACUCCUCAUCAACCGGUGCCUUAGCCAUCCCAGAAUCCUCUCCACCACCUUCUGGAACCGUCUAUUACCCUGUGGUAACAGACACAUACACCCCAUCUCCUGUGCCAGGAUACGAAUCUUGUGUCUCAUUUGUGCCUGCAUAUCACUGCGUCGGUUCAUGGUAUCCCGUCAACGCAUCCUAUGGAAACUCUUCCCGAAUCCAUAACACGGUUAACCCCAGCCAUUUCCAGCAGGUUAGCUACGUCACCUCAUCCAAUCCACAACAGCAUUUUGUAGCUCAAAGCAUGUAGAUUCAGAAGGACCGAGUCUGGAAGCCUUCCCCCACUUGGAACAAUAAUUCCCAGAAUGCCGUGGCACACACAACUGCCUGGAAGACCUCCAGGUGAUCUGAACCAGCGGACUCCAAUUUCGGCAACUUUUAGGUUUUGUGGACUUCAACUCCCAGAAUUCCCCAGAAUUCCCCCAGCCAG